GUGAGAUGGACCCUAAAGAACGUCUCGCCCGCCAAAGAAGGCUUCUCCAGAAGAAGUUAGGUCUGGACAUGGGUGCUGCUAUCGGCAUGGACACAGAGGACCUGUUCAACGAUGAGGACCUAGACUAUACCUGCCAACCCAGUGGGCUCAAAACCCAUGGAAGCAAAACCACAGCUGGAACCAGCUCGCGCAACCACGUGCCCAUUCAGGCUGCUGAGUUGAUUGACUCAGAGUUCCGCCCAGGCAUGAGCAGUCGUCAGAAGAAUAAAGCUAAGAGGAUGGCCAAGCUAGUGGCCAAGCAAAGAUCCAAAGACAUGGAUCCAAAUGAAAAGAGUAACGACAGUUUUGAGGGUGAACCUGAAGAGAAACGAAGGAAAACCACCAAUGUAGUUAUUGACCAACCCGCAACAGAACAUAAAGUCUUAAUCGACAGCGUUCCAAAUAACUCCGGUCUUUUAGAGGAGACACAGGAAUGGCCUCUGGAGAGCUUCUGUGAGGAGCUCUGCAAUGACCUCUUCAAUCCUUCAUGGGAGAUUCGUCAUGGUGCAGGCACAGGUCUUAGAGAAAUCCUCAAGUGCCAUGGUGCUGGGGGCGGGAAGCUGGUGGGAAGCACUGCAGAACAGAUGUUGCGGCAGCAUCAGGAGUGGAUCGAGGAUGUGGUCAUCCGGUUGCUCUGUGUCUUUGCUCUGGACCGCUUUGGAGACUUUGUAUCUGAUGAGGUGGUGGCUCCUGUCAGGGAGACGUGUGCCCAGACGCUCGGUGUGGCCCUUCGCCACAUGAAUGAAAGUGGUGUUUCCAUGACAGUAGACGUCCUGCUGAAGCUGCUAAAAGAAGACCAGUGGGAGGUCCGUCACGGAGGGCUGCUUGGGAUCAAGUAUGCGCUGGCUGUCCGACAGGACCUGAUCUCUGUUUUACUGCCCCGGGUGCUCCCUGCCAUCACUGUAGGCCUUCAGGACCUAGAUGAUGAUGUCAGGGCCGUGGCAGCGUCAGCCCUCAUCCCUGUGGUGGAAGGCUUGGUACAGCUACUGCCCAACAAGGUGCCCUUCAUUGUGAACACACUAUGGGAUGCUCUUUUGGACCUGGACGACCUCACUGCUUCCACAAACAGCAUCAUGACAUUGCUGUCCUCGCUGCUCACUUAUCCGCAGGUCCGACAGAGCAGCAUGCAGCAGUCAUUAACAGUCCUGGUCCCUAGAGUUUGGCCGUUCUUAAGACACACUAUAUCAUCAGUAAGACGGGCAGCACUGGAAACCCUUUUCACGCUGCUGUCUAAAGCUGACCAGAGCUGUGCAAUUUGGAUCAACCCCAUCCUACAAGAUAUGCUUCGGCACAUCUUCCAGUCCUGCAUACUGGAGAGCAAUGAAGAGAUCCUUGAACUGAUCCAAAAGGUGUGGAUGGAGCUGCUGUCCCAGGCUCCUCAGCAGUACGUGGUAGCAGCCAGCUGUCCAUGGAUGGGCGCUUGGCUCUGUCUCAUGAUGCAGGCCUCACACAUUCCCAUAGACCUGAACAUGCUCCUAGAAGUGAAGGCCCGCUCCAAGGAUAAGGCUGGUACAAAGGCACGUCAGGGGACCAACCAGGUGAAGGAAACGGUCCAGGAGUAUAUAGCAGGUGCAGAGACGGUGGCAGACGACCCAGUAACGAGGGAUUAUGUUGUAGUUCGCGCUCGCCUCAUGGCUGCGAAAUUGCUGGGGGCUCUGUGUGGAUGUAUCUGUGACCCUCAGCUCAAUGCUGCAUCUCAGGAGAUCCGACCAGCUGAGUCUUUAGGCCAGCUGUUGCUCUUCCACCUCAACUCCAAGUCUGCCCUGCAGCGCAUAGCUGUGGCUCUGGUGCUUUGCGAGUGGGCUGCGGUACAGAAGGAUUGUCAGGUGGUGUCAUCCAUGGUACAGCCUCGUCUUCUGGCCAUUCUGUCAGAGCAGUUGUACUAUGAUGAGAUUGCUAUCCCCUUCACACGCAUGCAGAAUGAGUGCAAGCAGCUCAUUGCCCUGCUAGCUGACUCCAACAUAGACCUGCAAGACCGCCUCAAUUGUAGCGUUUUCACAAUUGAUCAAGCCAAUGACCUGGUAACCACCAUCUUUACGGAGUCAACAGCGGGUCUGAAUGUGACGUCCAAACAGUGGCAGGCAUUGGACAGUAAACGACAUCAGGCUCAAGCAACAGUGACUGAGACCAACACAGAAUGGCAGCAGCUGCAUCUGCGUGUCCACAUGGUCACAGCCUGUGCAGUGAUUAACCUGCAGGUGCUCCCUGACAAGCUCAACCCCCUAGUCAGGCCCCUGAUGGAGACCAUCAAGCGGGAGGAAAACACCCUGAUCCAGGGAUAUGCUGCUUCCUUUAUAGCCAAGCUUUUGCAACAGUGUGCUGGACGCUCGCCAUGCCCCAACCCUAAGAUCAUCAAAAACCUCUGUGCCUCAGCCUGCGUGGACUCGGCGACCACACCCUCAUCUGCUUGCCCCGUAGCCCCCACACAGGAAAAUGCCAAAGGCGUUGGGUUGGAGAAAGACUGCAUGCAUCACAUGGUCAGCAAAACCCGAGGCAUUAUCACCCUCUACCGUCACCAAAGGGCGGCUUUUGCCAUCACCAGUAAGAGGGGGCCAGCCCCUAAAGCCCCAAAGACCCCUAACACAGAGCUUCCUCCUGGCAGCACCAUCAGCAUUGAUAAUGAUGAGAGCAAGAAGCCAUUUAUUAUUCAGAGACGAGGGGCAGAGUUCUCCCUAACAACUGUUGCCAGACACUUUGGGGCAGACCUCGCCAAAUGUCUGCCAUAUCUAUGGGAGAACACAGUGGGACCCCUGAGGACAGUGGUGACUGAAAAUCAGUGCAUUGAUAGGCAGGUCCAGCUGGAGAGGGGAGAUGCUGCUGCUCAGGAACUAGUCAACUCUCUACAAGUGCUGGAAGUCAUGGCUGGGGCCAUGGCUGCUGAACUCAAACCUUUGCUAAUGGAGCACCUACCCCAUCUGUUCACCUGCCUACAGCACCCAUACACAGCAGUGCGUCACAUGAGUGCACGCUGUGUGGGUGCACUCAGUAAGAUAGCCAUGCUGGAGACCAUGAACGGUUUCCUUGAGUGUGUACUUCCCUGGUUGGCUGCUAUUGGUGACUGCACUAAACAGGAGGGUGCCAUCGAGGCCUUGGCCUGUGUCAUGGAGCAGCUGGAUGUGGACAUUGUACCCUACAUUGUGCUACUAGUAGUACCAGUGCUGGGCCGUAUGAGUGACCCAAGUGAUAGCAUCCGUUUCAUGGCUACACAGUGCUUUGCUACACUGAUCCGCCUGUUGCCUCUAGAGGCAGGUAUACCAGACCCUCCAGCCAUGUCUGCUGACCUGAUCCGCCAGAAGGCAAGAGAACGGCACUUUCUGGAGCAACUACUGGAUGGGAGGAAACUAGAGAACUACAAGAUCCCCGUGCCCAUUAAAGCUGAGCUCAGGAAGUACCAGCAGGAUGGAGUGAACUGGCUAUCCUUCCUAAACAAAUACAAGCUGCAUGGGAUCCUGUGUGACGACAUGGGCCUCGGCAAGACGCUGCAGUCCAUUUGCAUUCUGGCAGGAGAUAACUACCUCAGGGCACAGGAAUAUGCCAAGACUAAGGCCGCAGACUGCAGCCCCAUGCCCUCUCUGGUGGUGUGUCCUCCCACACUGACUGGCCACUGGGUGGAUGAAGUGGGCAAGUUCUGUGCCAAAGAGUACCUCAACCCGCUGCACUACACCGGGCCUCCUACAGAACGAAUGCGGUUGCAACACCAAGUUAAAAAACACAAUCUUAUAGUAGCUUCUUACGAUGUUGUACGGAAUGACAUCGACUUUUUUAGAAAUAUAAAAUUUAAUUACUGCAUCCUUGAUGAGGGUCAUGUCAUCAAGAAUGGGAAAACCAAACUUUCCAAAGCUAUUAAGCAGUUGGCUGCUAACUUCCGAGUCAUCUUGUCAGGAACUCCUAUUCAGAACAAUGUCCUGGAGCUCUGGUCGUUGUUUGACUUCCUCAUGCCAGGCUUCCUUGGAACGGAACGGCAGUUUGCUGCUCGCUACGGUAAACCAAUCCUGGCCAGCCGUGACGCCAAAAGUUCAUCACGGGAACAGGAGGCAGGUGUCCUGGCGAUGGAGGCCCUACAUCGACAGGUGCUGCCCUUCCUUCUGAGGAGGAUGAAGGAGGACGUCCUCCAGGACCUUCCUCCUAAAAUAAUUCAAGACUACUACUGCAACCUGAGUCCUCUACAGGUUCAGUUAUAUGAAGACUUUGCAAAGUCUAGAGCCAAGGCCAGUGUAGAGGACAGCAUCUCUACAGCCUCUACAGAAGAGGAGGAAAAGCCUAAACUGAAAGCCACAGGCCACGUCUUCCAGGCGCUGCAGUACCUGCGAAAGCUGUGUAACCACCCAAGCUUGGUCUUGACCACGCAGCAUCCAGAGUACAAACACAUCACUGAGCAGCUGGCAGGUCAGAACUCCAGCCUGCGGGACAUUCAGCACGCACCCAAACUCUCUGCGCUCAAACAGUUGCUGUUGGACUGUGGUCUUGGGGGUGGUGGAGGAUCAGAAGGGGGCACUGAAGCAGUGGUGGCCCAGCACCGUGUGCUAAUUUUCUGUCAGCUAAAGAGUAUGCUGGAUAUUGUGGAGCAGGACCUGCUGAAACCCAAACUGCCCUCUGUCACUUACCUGAGGCUGGACGGCAGCGUGCCGGCAGGCCUGCGGCACUCCAUCGUUUCCAGGUUUAACAAUGACCCAUCCAUUGAUGUGCUGCUGCUGACCACCCAUGUUGGAGGUCUGGGCCUGAACCUGACCGGUGCAGACACCGUGGUGUUUGUUGAACAUGACUGGAACCCCAUGAGGGACCUGCAGGCUAUGGAUCGAGCCCAUAGGAUAGGACAGAAACGGGUUGUGAACGUGUACAGGCUGAUCACACGAGGGACGCUGGAGGAGAAGAUCAUGGGUCUGCAGAAAUUCAAGAUAAGCAUCGCCAACACGGUCAUCAGCCAAGAGAAUUCCAGCCUGCAGAGCAUGGGCACAGACCAGCUCCUCAACCUCUUCACUCUAGACAAGGGUGAAAAGGAUGAGCAGUCGGCGUCAACCUCAGGGAAGGCCUCCAUGAAGUCUGUGCUGGACGGCCUGGGAGAGCUAUGGGACCAGCAGCAGUACGACACGGAGUACAACCUGGACAACUUCAUACACACUCUGCAGUAGCCUCCAUCUGCUGGCCGAGCAGGACCUGGUCAGAGCCAGAGGAGACCCCUACUGCUGCAGUUAUCUACCCCACUCUCAAGCUCACAUCUUACACAGGAUAACCAUCUGAGGGAUAAUAGUUACAGUACGUGUCCCAAAGCAAUAACUAAAACACAGCCAAAAUAAGAACUUACUCUAUAUAUAGUGCUUUCACAUUGAUGGGUAUGCUGCAAACAUUUUGCGUCUGAAAAUUGUCAGACAUCCCAUAAUUUAUUGUCGAGGCACCCAGGUUUUCAACAAGUCAUCCACAUAACUGCUAAGAGAAUAUAAUGGUAUGAUGACGAUGUACCAUCUGCAAAAAACAUCUCCAGUGUUCGUUUACAUCAUCUUCAUUUAGUUAACAGCGGUGUCACCACGGUGUACAGUGAUGUUGCUGUACAUAAGCAUACAGUGUAUCAUAAUUAUAGUUGUCCUUUAUAGUUCAGCACCAGGUGCUACUUUUACAGCCCACUGCCCUCCUCCCAGAUCGCAUUGCCAGAGUAUACAGUGUUAACUGCUUAACAGACACCAUUACCCAUUUGCGCCUCCCUCCUAUCUUCGCCAUUACCACCUCCACCCCCACUUCACAAGGUCUUAAAAGCACUGCGAUACCCAACCACACCUGUCAACACAAUCUAAGUGACGGAUACAAACAUGUUUUUGUACAACAAAAGGAAACGGGACGAGAGUGACGAGCUCGCUGGAGAAACAUAGGAUGUUGUAAGUGCACUGGCUUUUUAUAGCACGCUGGUGCCUGCUGAGGUCAGGAGUUGUUUGUGCAACGACAAGAUGACUCCCAUUCUCAAGAUGGCACUAGUUUCCACUCGCUCCAGGAGCGUCUGUUCACAUGACCUGUGGCCAUUGAGAGGCUUUGGUGGAGAGAGAGCGAGAAAGGAAUGAAUCAGCGUUGUGUCCAGCUCUUCCAAAUGUGGUGGUAAAAUAAGCUGGGAAGGCACUGCACUUGAAGCAGCAUUACAGACUGAUCAUGGGGCCAAGGUGAAACUGGUACCUGAAACUUGCCACAAGUAAUUUUUAAAGGAAAAAAAACUUAAUAGACUUGUACAUAUGUCUGUAAUUGCUGCUUUUUGUUUAUUAUUGUGGAAUUGAAAUAAAUUCUACAGACCUUU